AUGGAUACCGAAGACAUGAAGAUUAAUUCCCAGUUGUAUGAAGCUCUGAUGCAGAAGGACGACGACAAAGUGCUCGACAUAUGUGCAAGCAUUCCCAAGGGUCCAUUGCAUACAGUUACAAUACAUGAAGAUACCGUCAUCCAUAUUGCCACUUACCACAAGAAAAACGAUCUUGUGCUUCAGCUCCUGAACAUGGUGCCUUUGUGCGAUUCUCACAAACUCACUUGGCAAAAUAAUGGCGGAAGUACCAUCCUCCAUGAGGCGGGCACUAACAAUAGGACAGUUGUAGCUGCAGCGGAAAUGCUACGAAGGGCUCCUAUGUUGCUCAGUAUGUCCAACAAGCAAGGAGAGACCGCUUUAUUCUAUGCAGCUCGACAUGGCAAGACUAAGAUCUUUAAGUUCCUACAUGAUCAAGUCACUAAAACAAAUCAGGGACCCGAUUUGAAAACCUUUCUUCUAAGAGAUGAUAGAUCUACCAUACUCCAUCUAGCAAUUCUUAGCAGAAACUACUGGAUGUGUCAUGAGAUAUCAGUGAAGCAUAAACAUUUAAUUCAUGAAAUGGAUGAAGACGGGAUGACACCUCUUCAACUUCUUUCCUGCCGUCCACUAGAACUCCCUCCACAUAAUUUCUUCGUGCGCAUUAUAUACAACUUAAUUGAUCCAAAUGUUGAAGACACCAGUUGGAUGUUGCCCCCCUUGAAGAAGUUGCGAAAACAGAAGUUCAAAUGCGAAUGGGCAAUGAAACUAGUUAAGCUCUUGGUAAAAAAAGACACUUCAUGGGAAAAAACUGCAUCAAGGAUAACAAAACAUAAAUCCAAAUAUCAUGAAUAUGGAAAAACUUCAUCCAUAACACAAGAAGAAAUCAUAACUUAUGAAUCUGCUGCUCGUUUGCCGGAUACUCCACUAUUAUUAGCAACGAAACAUGGGUGCCCGCAGAUCGUUGAGGAAAUACUAACUUUGUACCCUCAGGCAAUCGAACAUAUUGAUCAAGAUGGGCGUAACAUUUUACAUGUAGCAAUCAAAAAUCGUAACCAUGAAAUUUUUGAUAUGGUGGUCAAUACGAGGUAUGCAAAGGAGCGAUUGAGAGGAAAGAUCGAUAACGAUGCAAACACCUUGCUGCAUAUGGUUGCCGAAGAGGUAGAAGAUGUGGAUUCAGAUUUAAAAGGUCCUGCGUACGUACUGCAAGAUAAUAUGCGUAUGUUUAAGAAAGUAGAGAAAAUAUGUACAACCUUGGACAAAAUGAAGUUGAACUCAAGAUCCAAGACUGCUGAACAGGAGUUUAAUGAGGGAAAUGAUAAACGUCGUAAGGAAGCCAAAGAAUGGAUGACCGAGAAUGCAAAAAAUUACACAGUUGUUGCAGUGCUGAUUGCCACCGUUGCGUUUGCGGCAGCGUAUACAGUACCCGGAGGUCCAAAUCCAAAGACGGGUCAGCCAGUUCUUAAGGAAAAACCUUUGUUCUUCUUUUUUACAGUAGCAGAUGCAAUGUCUCUCUCAGCAGCUUUGACAUCAGUUAUCAUGUUUCUCAACAUCAUCACAUCAUCAUAUCGAUUUAAGGAUUUCGAAAGAUCUCUUGGUCGUAAGUUGAAAGCAGGGCUUGUGAUGUUGACGAUCUCAGUGGCGAUGUUGAUGCUUGCAUUCGCGUCAACGCUCAUUCUAACUGUCAGCAGUGGGAGGAAGUGGACGGACAUCACCUUGUACGCCAUUUCGUUCUUCCCGGUCCUUAUUUUUGUAUUUACGUCUUUUCGAUUCCAGAAGAUACGCUUUAGGGCGGUGUACUCGAAAGCCAAGGAAACGCUGGUUAAUAUGGUUUCUUGCAUGACGAAACCAAAACCUGCAGUUUGGUAUUCUGGACGUGGGGCUACUUCAGUGAUUUAA